AUGUCGAGCGUCAGCUCCAUAUUUGAUCCACUUGGUCUGGUAGCACCAGUCUUGCUUGUUGGAAAACGCAUUCUCCAAACCUUGUGUCGUGAUGGGUAUGCAUGGGACGACCCAAUCUCAGAGGAAAUCAGAUCUGAGUGGGAGAAAUGGAGGAACGACAUCCUGCAUUUGGCAUCACUGAAUAUCCCACGAUGCUACAAGCCUGAGAAGUUUGAUGUCAUCAAGUCAGCAGAACUGCAUCACUUCUCCGAUGCCAGUACCGAAGGCUAUGGUCAGUGUAGCUACUUGCGACUGAUAGACGACAAAGGAAGUGUAUGUACAACUCUGGUCAUGGGAAAGUCCAGAGUAACUCCUUCGAAGCCAGUUACCAUCCCUCGACUGGAACUUACAGCAGCCGUCAUCUCGGUGAAAGUCAGUACUUUCCUCAUGAAGGAACUAGAGUAUAGCGAUGUGACUCAGUUCUACUACACUGAUAGCAGAGUCGUACUCGGGUAUAUUGCCAAUGACAGCAAGAGGUUCCACAUAUUCGUCGCCAACCGCGUGCAGAAGAUCAGAGAUCACACCACACCUGAAGAUUGGCGACAUGUUGACACUAAAACUAACCCAGCAGAUGCAGCUUCCCGAGGUCUUUCUGCCAAGUCGCUCAUCAAGAGCAAACUCUGGUGGAGUGGUCCAGGUUUCCUGCAAGAAAGAGAAACCCCUCCACCUGACACUGAGUACGUGGAGCCAAGUUCAAACGACCCAGAGGUGAAGAAGGCAUCUGCAUUCAAUGUCCACACUGAGACCUCCAACUACCCGAGCAUGCUUGAAAGAUUCCAGUCCUACUCAAACUGGUUUCGCCUGAAACGUGCAAGGAAGCAUUUCCAAAGGAAAAAUCGAGCCCUCAGCAAACCCGAUGGUCUUCCUAAUGGCGAGCAGCAAGGCCCAGGAAACCCCCUGAACAAGAGCAGUCCUCUGUAUAUGCUUGACCCAGUCAUAGAUGAAACGAAGCUGUUGAGAGUCGGUGGACGCAUCAAGCAAGCCAAAGCACCUAAAGAGAUCAAGCAUCCCAUCUUGCUUCCACGUCAUGGCCACGUGACUGACCUGGUGAUUGAACACUACCAUGUUCAGAGUUGUCACUCAGGCCGUGGCAUGACACUGAAUAGCAUUCGCCAAGCUGGCUUUUGGAUUCUGGGGGCAAGAUCAGCUGUUACCAGCCAUAUUUGGAAGUGCGUGACCUGCCGCAAACUCAGACAUGCUCCCUGUGGGCAGAAGAUGGCAGAACUACCCAAGGACAGAUUGGAUCCAUCCGCACCCUUCACCUAUAGCGCUGUAGACUACUUUGGUCCCUUCAUGAUUAAAGAAGGACGAAAGGAGCUAAAAAGAUGGGGGGUCAUCUUCACCUGUAUGGCAUCCCGUGCAGUCCAUAUCGAGACAGCUAAUUCGCUGAACACCGACUCAUUCUUGAAUGCCUACCGCAGAUUCACAUGUAGAAGGGGUCCAGUGAGACAACUCCGCUCCGAUAGAGGCACAAACUUCAUCGGUGGAAAGAAUGAACUGGACGCUGCCCUAGCCGAGAUGGAUCAACCCAAGAUAUCUCAAGAGCUGCUAAAGGACAGUUGUGAUUGGGUGACAUUCAAUAUGAACGUUCCCACAGCCAGUCACAUGGGAGGCACAUGGGAGAGGCUCAUCCGUUCAAUCAGACAGGCGCUCUCAACAUUGCUGCAGAAACAUGGGCAACAACUGGAUGAUGAGCUCUUGAGGACCCUCAUGACCGAGGCUGAAGCAAUUGUGAACAGCCGACCUCUCACCUACGUUGACAUGGUGGCCCCAGAUUCAGAAGAGCCCCUCACGCCAAGCCAACUGCUAACGCUGAAAAGCAAGGUAGUUCUCCCUCCGCCAGGAGUCUUCAUCCAACAAGAUCUUUAUUGCCGACGCCGAUGGCGCAGAGUCCAGUACCUUGCCAACCAGUUCUGGUCACGUUGGAAGACUGAGUAUUUGUCGACCCUACAAGAGCGGAAGAAGUGGCAGAAGGCUCAGCAGAAUCUGGAGAUAGGCAACAUCGUCAUGAUGGUCGACGACUCCACUCCCCGAUGCCAGUGGCAACUCGCUCGUGUGGUUGAGACGUACCCAAGCUCAGACGGUCACAUCAGGAAGGUCAAGCUCCAAACUGGUCGAUCUGUCUUCGAGAGGCCUAUCCAUAAGGUUGUACUACUGUUGGACCAGGGACGCCCCGACGAGGAGCCAAAUGCCUGAACUUGAGCCGAUACAUGAACUGUACUUAAAGGAGCCACGUAGUGUUCACAUUCUCAGUAGUAUAGUAGUUACUAUUUCCAGUUUUGCGCCUUUAGUCAAGUUUAAUGUUAAAAUUGUUAAUGUUGUUAAGUAAUUUGAAAGGUCAAAUUAGGGGAGCCAUGUAACUGCUGGUGAGUUAUUCCAAGCUUGCCACAUGGUGGCGCUCUCCACAACUCAUGAGGGCGCUCUUCAUUGUUACCACAGAUUCAUGGUCCUUAUUGAUGACACAUGUCUGUGUCCUAAAUUUUUGACUCGUAUUUUGACUCAGUAUAAUUCGAUCAUCCUUCCACCCCAGGACCCGAGGACAGAGUUUUUACGUGAACUCUGCAAUCGCCACAGUCAU